GCGGGCAGUGUUUGAAGAUGGCCCUAAACUCUGGGUUCCUGUGUGCUGGCGAUCAAGGGAAGAGGGUGACCUCCAGUUGUUCCCACGGCGACCUUAGCCCUUCGGCCGUAGCAUUGGCCAUGGUCUCUGGAGACAGCUGCCUCUUGGCCAGACUUGAGGCGGUUCGUUCAAGACCUACUUCUCGCCAGGUGGUACGGCAAAGCGUUCGGAUCGAGAGACGUCGGACGGCUGGUGGAAGCUGGAGCCCUCUGCGCUUUGUAAAGGGAGGAGACCCUGAUGGGCGGAGCCGAAGCCGUAGGGAGAGAUUUUCGCCUUACCCGACUCCUGUGUUUAAACUGGAUCUGUUAAGUGUCUGACCGCCUUUGGAGGUGUUGUCGCAGCCAGCCUUUCUGUUUAAAAAGAACACUUCCUCAGCCCUUCAAUUAGCUUGUGAACAAGGCCUCUCAAAUCCUUUCUUGUUGCAAUCGCAGUCUUAUUUUUAGAAGGAUAUAUUUUUAUUUUAAUAUAGAGAUAUGUGAAAGUCCUGUUAAUAUAGCCUAGGACAAAGGGAAAUUUUACUAUUGCUAAAUUCAGAUGGUGUUUAGGGGCCAGAAUGAUUAGUUCGAGAAGGAGGUAGAUAUUUUUUCUUAGUCACAAAGCUGAGCUAUUGGGACCACCUGCCUAGAGGUCAACAAUCCGCUUAUUCACCCUUUGUGCACUCCAUUCCUACAAUGGCUCCAAAUUUCUCUGCUUUCCACAAGUCUUACCUCCCUUCCGUUGAAUUACAAGUCUCAAAGGAGGAGAAUCUACUUUGAGACUUGUAAUUGAGCUUUCUUAACCACCUACUUUCUACCUCACAUUAAUCCCUGUACUUUUACUUCUGUUGAUGAAAAGGAAACGCUUCCAUUUAUCUCUCCGUUUUAUCUUUCCUCCCUAUGGCCCAAUAAUCCUAUUAUCUUGACUUGGACAUUUACACUCUCCCAUCUCCCUCCUUGUUUUCAUCACGAAUAUCUACAAACUUGAGUCUCAACCAUACUAAAAACAAGAGCAAAACCUAAACCUUGCUGCUCUUUCAAAUUAUUAAAAUCAAUUUACACUUCUUUCUUUACCAAAAGCUCCAAAUGAAUUUUUACUUAUAUUUGUCAUUACUUGCAUUCAAUCCCAGCUUCCUUAAUUUAAAUCUGUUGUCCCAAAAUUAACAGAAAUUGGUUUUACAACAUCCUGUUAGGAAGCUGUCCAUCUAUGUACUCUAGCAUCUUUCUUGGACUUUCUUAUUUGUUAAUUCAUUCAAGCAUUCUACAAUAUAUGAAAAUCUCUGAGGUAAUUACACACUGUGGAUGAACUUGACACAGUCUUGCCAUCAAGGAGAUCAAGGAGUAUACUCUUGGAGAGGCUAAUAAAUCAAUAUGUAAUCUUCCACACUAGAAUGUUCAUUAGCUGCAGUGAUAAUAAGCACUGGUUGCAAUGGCUUCCAUAAAACUGUGCUAUCAUGUUCUCUUACCUGGCUUACUGGCUAAUAUUUUUGUUCUCCUAAUCAUGCAUUCCUCAAGAGUGGUAUUGGGAGAAAGUUGGUUUCGUUUAAGUGCCAACUCUUGCUGUCUGUCCAAUAUGUUCAAACAGCCAAGUUACCACAGAGCACACAGAACUGGAUUGUUAGAACUACAUCUUAAGGAGAGUGUUGUGAGAGGUCUGAAAACCAGGUCAUAGAAAAAUGUUUGAAAGAAUAAGGAUAGCUACCUUUUACUGAAUGCUGUUUGCAAGGCAAUGUGCUAAGGGCUUUUAUUCAGUGUUUAUUCAGAUAUUCAUUGAGAAUUUUUUCUGUGCCUGCUACUUCCUGUGCUAGGCACUUAGAGUAAAGUGAACAAGAUAGAUAAGGUUGCUGCUUUUAUGGAGCUUUAUAUAUGUAAUUUUUCACAACAGCUCAUAACAGAUGUAUUAUACUUUCAUUUCUUUAGCUGAGAAACCAAGGCACAAAGAGAUGAAGCUUUUCAAGGUCAUUCAGCUAGUAAAGGAUAGAAACUUGCAGCCUUUCAACUUGAGUUUCUCAUUUAAACCAUGUGACCCAAAUAUGAUGACAAUUUUCUCAUUUCUCCUAAGGAUAUACUAUUCUAGAUAUCUAAAAAGAUGUUAAUUUAUAAUAUAUGAUAGAUGUCUUUAUGUUGGUCAUUAUGAUAAUCCAUAGUUGAGAAAGGAGUACCAAAAUUAUAAGCAAAGAGUUUUAGACUGGGAAAGAUAAUAAAAUUAAAGAUAAAAAUAAAAGAUUUUCAUACAACUUAGAGAUCCCUAGCAGUAGAAAAUACCCCCAAAUAAGGUAAUGAGUUAACUGCCCAAAGCUCAGAUGGAGGGUAAAUUCUGUCAAGUGUAAAUAGGACUAGCUGACUUUUUCACUUCUUUCCCACUUAACCUAUAAAUGGGAAAGAAUUUAUUGUUAAAAUUUGAAAUGGGGAAUUGAGGGAGAAGAGAAAAAUGGGUUAUAAUAUACAGGAUAACCUUAUUUACUGUGCAAAUCAGGACUCUUUACAGUGAAAGGCUAUCAGUUAAGGGGGGCAACAGCAACAUAUUAGGGCUGUCCCAGGUAGAUUUGUUGGAUGAUUUGAUGUACCUAAGGAGAGGGUACAAUGUGAAAUAUGCCUUUGAAGCAUAUUUAGCUUUAAGGAAAGGCUGCUGAGAUUUGUAAAUGAAGGAACAAAAGUCUGGCAUAAAAGUGCAUGAGAACGGGAGGACCCAUUUCUGUUUGUUCUGAUAUAGGGUCAUCAGGAGUAGGGCUUUGAUUGGAUGAUAGUGUGCAUGUGCAAGAAAAAAAUGGUGUGAAAAAAGAAAAUGUGUUUUGUUUGGCAAGAGGAGAAUUUUGUUCACACAAAUGCCCAUCAUUUUAAAUCUGAAGUAAUGAAUGCUUAAAUUCUCCUUUUCUUAACACCUUCACUAGUGUGACUAGGAACUGUGUUCUUAGAGUUACAAAGACUAUUGUGAAAACAAGAACCAAUGUAAACUUUGAAUGAAACUACAUAAAGCAGGGACAACUAACUUUUUCCAAGAGCAAUCCAUGUUAUUACAAAUUUGUGUGCAAAAUGAAUUCUUUAAUGUCAGUGGUAAAGUAUAGUAUAAUGUCAUUUUAAAAUAGAUGAAUUUUCUUAAAAGUCCAAAAAUUUAUACUUCUGUAUAUUUUUAAAAACCAUUAUAACUUCCUGUUUGGGGGGUUUUGCCCCCUAUUUAUUACAUCACACUAAGCAACUGCCCAGCAUGAGUUGGAGUCCUAUUAGAAUAUUACUUCCUCUACUCAUCAUCACUAAAACUCUAAAAUUUAGAAUGCACAUUUGGGAUACAGAAAAAAAGGAGGCCAGUGAGACUGUUCUUCCUCAGUAGCCAGAUUUGAUGAUAAUCCUAAUUCUAAGGAAGAAAGGAAAGGAAGAAGGAAAGUCCCACAGGAGGAAGAGGAAAUAGACCUCUCAUGGCCAAAGGUUCAACUGCCUGGCAAACAAAAUUAAUUAGGUCUUUUAUUCCUUCAAGGUUAAUCUAUGCAGAUCCCACUGAGAUGCAGAUUUUGUCUUCCCAGUUUCCAUGACAAGUAUUCUCAUUUUCCCAACUAAAUAAGUUUGAAUACCUGUUACUCCAUACUGCCUACAUCCAUCACCUGCAAAAAUGCUGCUAUUUUAUCUUCACAAUGUAUUUAUGUUUUUACAAUAACUUGCAUCACCUGCACUGUAUUUAGCCUGUUUUGUUUGCCUCUGUACCUCUAUACUGUAUAUGUAUAUAGCUUACAGACCAAUGUUUCUGAUCACAUAAAUUCUACUCCAGUGUUUCCCAUAGUAUAGUCCCCAGAAUCUCCACUAGAUAUGCAAGCUACUCCUUUGGAAAAAAUGUCAAGAGGUCAAUAAAUUUGAAAAUGAUGUAUGUUUUAUCACCUUCUUAGGGAGUCAUAAUUUAUAAUAACAUGUUAAAAAUUCUGGUAAUACCUUUAAAAAAAGAAACCCUUCAUUUGGAUUUUAACUUCAUUUUAACCAAGGUUUCACCAAUUUAUUUGUCCAUAAAUUAAAAAUUUUUGCAUAGUACCUAUCUUCCUGAGGAAUCUCAGUUCUACAGAAAUAAUUAGAAAUGCUGCCUACUUAAGAAGCUCCAUUUGCUCCUCACUUGAGUUAUUAGAAAUGGAUUUUUAUAUAGCAUGGCAGAAUUUAGUGCCCCUGACUAAAUAGGUAUUGCAUGUUUUAAAAAUUAUUGCAACACACUGGUUGAAAAUCACUGACUGACUUAGGUGCAUAGAAAUAACGUACAGAGUUUGCUUAAGGCAAAGAUAAACCUUUUACAACAAGUUCUAUGGCUGGGGUGUGACUACCUACCAUGGACUGGCUAGUGAGGAAUUUCUGAUCAGAUCAGCCCUUCUAGAUUACUUGCCACAGAACCCCUUUUUUCUUCCACAUAGGCCGAGAGGAAAAAUUGAGGCUUUUAUAUUGGUACUUAUAUAUAGGUACUUAAAACGAGAAAAAUUUCCACAAAGUUUGUGUUGAUGAAUUUCAAAAUACAAUAAUCGAUAUAAUCUUUUAUGUAAUGUUAAUACUCUUAAGGAAAAGGUAGAAUUAUUUUGGGGGGAGAAUAGCAAUUUUUAAAUGUUUAUAGUUAGUGUUUACUAUUAUCAAAAUCAGUAACAGCACUGGCUGGAGUGACUCUGUUGGACAUUGUCCCGCAAAGCGGAAGGUUGCUGGUUUGACUGUGGGUCAAGGCCAGUGUCUGGGUUGUGGGCCUGGUCCUGGCUGGGGUGCAUGCAAAAGGCAACCAAUAGAUGUUUCUCUCCCUUUCUUUGUCCUUC